ACCUGCGGGAGCUGGGGGUGCUGGGCGCCCCCUCCUGCGCCUGAGUCCCGGUGACCGUGCCUCGGGAACCCUCUCUGCCAUGGAAAUAUCCGGUUUAGGGAAAUGGAGUCACCCAGGUCUUUCAAGCUGCCUCGUUCAUUCUGAGCCAAAGAAGGCAACUGAAGAAGAACGCAUGCAUUGCCUCUAGAAUAGAUUCAUGUCCAAUUAACUAUCCAUAUAUUCCAGGUGAGGAGCAAAUGGGGUGCACCCAUUCAGGCCCAAAGGCUAAGGAAAGGUCGGUGGACAGUCUUUCCUCUAAGUCUGCAGAGGGCCCCUCUCGGAAGGAAGGGGCCGCCACGCAGCAGGUGCCGGCACGUGGAGUCAAAGAGAAACCUGAGGCAAAGGUAACGUCAGGCAGGAACAAAGUUGUCAUUCCAAAGAUCAUCAUCACUUCGGCCUCAAAUGAGACUCUCACCUGUGCCAUCGGAAGCCCAGAGCAGAGGACCAUUCACGAGGAGAUGGAAUGGGGCCCCUAUGCCCGACACAGGAAUCCCAGUACAAUAGACGCCUAUGCUUUACAGACUAAAGAAUAAACGACCACCUGA